GUCCAACAUCACACGAGGCAAGCGUUGCUACCCUCCAGCUGGACAGUGUAAAAGGAAGAGAGAGAGAGCGCGCUAAAUUCGCGCCCUCCUUUUUUGUCUCUGCUAUUUCUCCGCCAAGGGAAGGUAGGGGACGCCACCGCAUCUUUCGGCGUCUCCGUCUCUACCUUCCCUUUCUUUUUUUCCUUCUCUUUUCUUCUCAGAUUUUGAUUCUCUAUCUCCGAUCUACAUUCUCCAUUCCCUUCCAGAUGCCGCUCGCCUCCAAUUGUUCGCCCUGCUGCGCCGCGGCUCCUAGAGCCGCCGCAGCUACCGUAUCGCAGAGGAGGCCACGGCGUCUGCCUAAUGCAUGGAGCAAUUCCAAGGCUACCUAUCCAUUUCUGCGACUCUCGGAGAAUGAGAAGUUCAAUGUCUCUCGUUUAGCUGUUACCCACACUAGCUGGCGAGUUAAAGACCGGACCAUAUCAAUGGCGUUAGUGAGCGACACUUUAGGACAAAGGGAAGAUGUAGCCAGCUCUUCUAGUAUUUUGGCAUAUGAGUUGAUUCAAGGUGCAAAUGUUAGAUGGAAUUCUGUUCUGGACAAGUCUAUACCUGAUCCACCGACAGCUGUUUUUCUACAUGGGAUCCUUGGUUGCAGAAAAAACUGGGGUACUUUUGCUAAGAGAAUGGCCAAAGAGUUUCCAACAUGGCAGUUUCUUUUAGUAGAUCUUCGAUGUCAUGGGGAUUCAGCAUCAAUCAACAAGAGAGGCCCCCAUACUGUUGCCUCUGCUGCUCUUGAUGUUUUGAAACUGGUACGUAUGCUAAGAAUUACUCCUCGUGUGUUAGUUGGCCAUAGUUUUGGUGGAAAAGUUGUUUUGAGCAUGGUGGACCAAGCUGCAAAACCUCUUGCCCGACCAGUGAGAGUCUGGGUUCUAGAUGCUACCCCUGGAAAAGUACGAGCAGGUGGAGAUGGAGAGGACCACCCAGCAGAACUGAUAUCCUUACUUAGUACACUGCCAAGGGAGGUCUCUUCAAAGCGGGAUAUUGUCAAAGCGUUAACUCAGCAAGGAUUUUCCAAUGACGUGGCACAGUGGGUUGUGACUAACUUACGACCUACCAACUCUUUUGGAUCACGAUCAUCAGGGUUUUCAUGGGUGUUUGACCUGAGGGGAAUUGCAGAAAUGUAUCAAUCCUAUGAAGAAACAAAUUUGUGGAAAAUUGUUGAAGAUAUUCCUCGAGGUGUUCACAUGAACUUUUUGAAAGCAGAAAGAAGCUUACAUAGGUGGGCUCUUGAGGAUCUUCAACGAAUUCAUGCUGCAGAGGAGCUCGCUUCUGAGGAAGGAGGUGGAGUUGAAAUGCAUGUUCUUGAAGAUGCUGGCCACUGGGUACAUGCUGAUAACCCAGAUGGGCUCUUCAGGAUACUAUCAUCCUCUUUCUGGUGAAGGAAGAUUUGAAUUUCCAAAUGUGCACACUGCUUGAGUAAUUUAUUUUAUAUCUGGGGUGAACUUGCCUUCAGAGUAUGAUUUCAUCAAAUGUUCUAUUGUCCUUUUUCUUUUUUACCACCAAUACCUCUUGUAUAUAUGCUUUUUCUUCCUCCUCCAUCUCCUCCUUAUUUUUUUGAUUGUGAUUUCUCCUUCUGAUAAUGAAAUAUACGGGUAGAGUGUUGACCUAA